ACAAUCUGCAUUCAAGUUACACACAUUCAUAGAUUAAUUGAAUAAAGCAAAACCUCACCUGAUAUAAAAAGCAAAAGCACACAGCAAUGAUUAAGGUAUAACAAAAUAUUUUCAGAUAUGCCCUACUUUACAUCUUAGGCCGGUUACAAGAAAAAGACCAUGAACACACAUGUUAAAUCGUAUUUAUUGACUACCCCAAGCGACUCUGUAACUUGAUCUCUUAACACCCCUAAAACCACCCGAAAAUCGCCCAUUCCCUGCAUUUCUAGGAAAAACCGGACUGCAGGUGUUUGAAAUGGUAAACUGUGAUGUAUUGGCAACCAGCGUUACGUUGUACUCCUAAAUCAACGACCAAUUAGGCGUUUCCGUCACCGGCAGUGGAGCCACCACUCUGGCGAAGGUCAGAUGCCAGACUAUCAUACUUUGAUUUUUGGCUACCUAUUUUCUAACGUUUGUGUGUGUAUUAAAUGAUCUAGCAAUUUCCUUUGUUAUUAUUUACGAUCCGGCCGCUACUUAUUGUGGGGUUCCGAGAAAUUCCAUCCGUCUCAUCUUCGCUCUCUUUCCCUUUUCUGUAAUCCCACCAGAUUUUGGUUGGCAGCUUGUGUAACUAACAUGAUGUAUAGGGUGCUUCGUAUCGACAGUCAUAUUCACAGGACGUUGCUAAGGUUGGGGCAUCUCAAAAGUAUUCAAAUUCAAGUGUUACUUCCUCGAAAUGUUGUAUAUUUGUUGUGUUUCUGUUUAGCGUUGUUUACAGUUACCUCUUGCUGCAGUUUUCCUUAUAUUUAACCUCUGUGAUUUGGAAUUUUCUUCAGCGCGGUUCAAUAAACUUAUCUGACACCCUCCACCCCUGGGUGCGCCAUCUAAAGCGGACUACCCUACUAGGAGUCCACAUGGAUCGUCCUUCAGUGGGUCCCUCUUAGUUUUACCGUGAUACACAAAUCAUGGCUGUUAAGCCCACCCUCACUCAAAUUUUCUUGAAAUUCAACUUCAAAAUUGACACCAAUAAUGGGGGUUUGAUUGCUAAGGUAGAUAAUUUACCAGGUGCUGUGUCAUACACGGAGGAAAUCGUGAACAAACUGAAUAUAAAGUUUUAUGAUCACGAAUUCCUAACCUAUAAAUGCAAGGAUAUUUUUGCUCAAAUGUUAGGUUAGUCAAUAUAUGUAACCGAAGAGGAGCAUAAUAGUGCAAGUACUUCCACUUGUAUUUAAAUUAUUUUCAUAAUCCAAACAAAAAAUACGUAAUUCGAAUGCAAAUGUGUACUCCGUAAACUUAACCAUACUUUGAUUUAAAUUCGCGCGUUCUUUCGUAAAACGUCCUACGAUCUUGAAAUCAUGAUUGCCGAAAGAAAGCGCCUCUGGAUACGUAGGGGAAUUGUACGUAUGCAUUCUUUUACGUCUCUGUAUAUUGGAAUACUGCCGUUAAGGAGACACACCUCGGAGCUCUAUGGGAGACACUUUCGCCUCCCUUGUUAUUUCUCAUGCAUUAUCAUAACAAAUCCAUUAAAAUCGCGUAAUUUUAAGUUUAAACCAUGGACAAAUUAACUUUAAUAUCGGGGACACUCUUUAUGGCCGCAGACGUAUUCGCCAUAGUGAGCUUAGCGAUGCCUGAUUGGAUUAUUACCGAUGUUGGAGGUGACACGCGACUGGGCUUAAUGUGGACCUGUAUGACCCUCUACAACCGUCCCCAAGUGUGUUUCACACCCGACUUACAACCCGAGUGGCUCCUUGCGCUUGUCUGUAUUUUUGUAGGCUGCAUAUGUAUUACAACCACGAUAAUACUGCUGGCCUCCUCGCAUUGGGACCGAAACGUCGUACCGUACGCACGAUGGGUUGGGUUCACCGCAAUGGUUUUAUUCUGCCUGGCAGCUGUUAUAUUUCCAAUGGGCUUUCAUGUCGAUGAGAUCGGUGGUCAGCCCUACCAACUUCCAAAUAGUCAUCAAGUUGGCAUCUCUUACAUUUUGUUUGUUUUAGCAUUGUGGAUUACGGUUAUUUCGGAACUAUUUGCAGGCAAAGUGUGUUUGCCACAUUUUUAAAGUGUUUAUGUUGUAGUCUUCUAUAAAAAAAGGUUUAUUACUCGUAAUUGCGUUUCUCUAACACGAACUAAGCCUUACUGCAAGUGUCUCUAGUCUAGUUUUAAAAUACCAAAAUGGAGUUACCCGAUUCGGAUGCAACAUUUUGUAGGCAAGUAGAAGACCCUGUCAUCCAAAAACCACCGUCUACGCAGAACUUUUUAAUGGAACAAGAGGUUAUGUCCAAUACGACCGAGAAAAGGAGAUCUAAACGCAAUCGUAAUGAAGUUACCUACUUUCCUAAAACGUGUGAAGUUCAAAAACGCAAAAAUGACAAAACCAAAGACUCGGUCACCCAAAUACCAUCGAGUGAACCUUCCACUCAAGACAUUUUAAUGGAGCAAAAGGAUACGGGCAAUCAAAACUUAUAUUCGUUGCUGAAUGCUCAUAUCGUAAAAAGUCUAAAAAGUUUGAAGGAGAAGAAGCUUCGCUU